AUGGGGAGGAGUCCGUGUUGCUCGAAGGAAGGACUGAACAGAGGAGCCUGGACUGCCUUUGAGGACAAGCUACUCAGCUCUUACGUGCAAGCCCACGGAGAAGGCAAAUGGCGAAACCUGCCCCACCGAGCUGGCUUGAAAAGGUGUGGCAAAAGCUGCAGGCUUCGGUGGUUAAACUAUCUCCGCCCUAACAUUAAGCGAGGCAACAUCACUCGUGAUGAAGAAGAUCUCAUUCUCAGGCUCCAUAAACUUCUUGGCAACAGAUGGUCUCUCAUAGCUGGGCGACUUCCUGGGAGAACAGACAAUGAAAUCAAGAACUACUGGAACACUACUCUGGCAAAGAAGGUCAGACCUUUGGAAUCAUAUCCACACCGCAAAUCAACAACAGGCAAGGAAUUAGCUGAGUUGGAGCAGGUCACUCCAGUUGAUCCUCAGCCACAACCACAGUUAAUUCAAACCAAGCCCGCUCGGUUUAAGAACCUAGUUAUCCUACCACCCCACCAUUCAAACGAAAACUCCACCAUCAACCCUUCGUCUUCAAGCCCGAAAGAGGUCGAUGAAUUAGCCGCCAUAGCCACGUAUCAAUUUGAGGAGGUUUCACGUUCUCCAAACCCUCGACUUAAUGCAGACGAAGAUGGGGUUCGUGAAAAUCAUAAUUCCGAUGUGAACAUGUGGAGCUGCGGAAGCUAUUAUCAGUUUGCCCCGAGUGCAGAAAAUUUGUACGGAGACGCCGGGAUGUUUAACCUUGACCAGCCCCGAUCCGUCGACGAACUUGUGGUCAGCGGGUGGGCCACGACGACGGGUGGCUUCGAUGUCCACGAGAAUAAUGGCGCCAUGGAUUUGGAAUCAUUGGCUCACCUGCUCGACUCUGGGGAUUGGCCCUGAAUCCGCUUGCAACUUCACACCAUAUAUCUAUCGUAAUGUUACUGGAAAAGAAAAAAACGAAUCCUCGUUUUCUUUCAUUCAAGCCCUUUAGAUGAUGAAUAAAUAAAUCUAGGAAGAAGCAUCUUCUGCUGCUGUCCUGUUCAUCAUUAAUACUUCUAUUUCCAUGGUUGCGCGGCCUCUAAUGGAACAUUUAGUAUAAAUGACGAAGCGUUGCAAAAGUGAGAGGCAAUAAUAGAUACGUGCUGGUU